CAGCUGAUGCAUUUCGCGCCAUUUAUUGUAUUUUAGUUUGUUUAACGACACGACGUGAAAUUCAGCCUUUUAUUCAUAAGUACAAUGACAACCUUAAUAGAACAGUUAAUUACGAAAAUGGGCCUAAGGGAGGAGCCAAACGUUUUAGAGAAAACCACUGAAUUAGUGCGCCUUCUGGAACUGCGCUCAACGAAUGUCCCCCUGCAGAUCAACGAGUACGGGAAGAUAGUGUUGUGUGCGGAUCUCGCUUCCUGCAUGAUGGGGAUCGGGUUCGACAAGGAGCAGGCUCUAAAAUUGUCCGGAUUGCGCAAGAGCCACUACCUCAACAACAAGCGGAUGUUUGAGAAGCUCCUGGACCUAAACAAACUGGCUAGCGUGAAUGACAUCUGUGUCCAGCUGGGUCUCAACGAAGUUGCCCGCAAGGCGGAGGAGCUAAUGACUCUCUUCAGAGCCGUAGCGGCCACCGAGGACACCGGUAUCGACACCACCCAUCCUCAGUACGCCACUAUGGCCGUGUUCCAGGCCUGCCGCAUGGUCAAAAAGAAGGUCUCCAAGUCAAAGCUCAUGCCCUUCAGUAACCUGCGACCCUCCCAGUUUCAGCUGCUUGAGCAGCAGUGGGAACGCAUGAUAGCAAAGCACCACAAGGAGAGCAAAGUACCAUCAAGCAGCGAUGUGGAUGGUAAACUUAAGGACAUCCAGAAUGAGAAUAUCAAGGGCCAGGAGGCGAAGAAGGCACAGAAGCCUCAGGCGGAGGACUACGAGAUAUGGAAGGCGCGAAUGCUGGCCAUGGCGCAGGCAAAACUGAAGGAAUUGGAAGCACCCCAAUCCCAUAUGGAUAGUCAACUUCUCGAGGCUUAGGGAUUUAUAUUUUACAUCCAUUAAACAUUUCCUAGUGAAAUUCAGCUUGACUUGAUAGAUACUUACCUAAAACUUAUUUAAUUCAUUAAGCAUUCUCAUUAGUUGUAAGUAAUAUAGAGAGCGCAUUAUAAAAAAAAAAUUUCAUUUAA